UCUAAAUUAUUCUUUCAAACGACGUCGGUUGGGCAUAACACUAUUCGGGUAUCAUUAUUUUCUUCGCUCUAUCUGCUUCCUGUUUAGUGUUAGGGUUUAUAGUUUUGCCUGCGAUUUUGAUCUUUCCAAUCCAAUUAAUUCCCCCAAUUCUGUUCAGUUAGAUAGGAAACCGGAUAUGGGAAGCAAAGGUCGAAUUCCUCCUCAACAAUUACGCCGUCCUCUUCCCGGGUCUGUUAUAGAGCAUGCUGACACGUUUGCUCCAGGGCCACUACCUCCACGUGGUGCUUACCCUCCUUUUGAUAUGCUACCUCCUCCGGAGGUCAUGGAACAGAAACUUGCUGCACAGCAUAUUGAUAUGCAGAAGCUUGCAACUGAAAAUCAAAAACUUGCUGCCACCCAUGGAAGCUUGAGGCAUGAACUUGCUGCUGCCCAGCAUGAGCUGCAGAUGCUGCGUUCUCACAUGGGAGCUGUAGAAUCUGAUAGUGAACAUCAGGCAAGGAGCCUUAAGGACAGAAUUGCAAGAAUGGAGGCUGACCUCAAAUCAGCUGAGCCCCUCAAAGUGGAGCUGCAGAAAGCACGAGCAGAAGCUCAGGAAUUGUUUGGAGCAAGGCAGGAACUUCUAUCUAAAGUGCAGGAUAUGACACAGGAUCUUCAGAAAGCUCAUGCAGAUAUGCAGCAGUUUCCAAGUCUGCUGUCCGAACUGGAGAACCUUCGACAUGAAUAUCAGCAUUGCAGGGCUACUUAUGACUAUGAGAAGAAAGUGUACAAUGACCACCUCGAAUCUCUUCAGGUGAUGGAGAAGAACUAUGUAAACAUGGCCAGAGAGGUGGAAAAGCUUCAUGCAGAAUUAACUAAUUCUGCAAAUACUGACAGGAGAACUGGUAUUCCUUAUGGUGGUACUGGAUAUGGCGAUGAGGUAACUGGGCAUUUUCCUGUCGGACAGAAUGUUUAUACCGAUGGCUACGGCCUGCAUCAGGGACAUGGCCCUCUUCCUGGUGGGAGCAGUGGUGGAGCUGCUGGACCUGCGGGAUCAGCACCUACUUCAUCUCUUCCUGCUACAACUACACCCGUUGCACCUGCCGCUGCUGGUGGGGGUACUCCAAAUGCUGGUGACAAAUCUGGAGUAGCUCCUGUCAGGCCCAAUAUUGAUGCACAAAGGGGUUCCAACUACGAUGGGCAGAGAGGUACAGGAGGUCCAAGUUAUGAUACUCAGAGAGGACCAGCACUUUCAGGUUACGAUGCACAGAGGGGUACAGGAAGUCUAGGUUAUGACAGUCAGCGAGGACCAGUAGUUCCAGGCUACGAUGCACACAGAGGAUAUGGUGGACCUAACUAUGAUCCGCAGAGAGGACUUAGUGCACAUGGUUAUGAUAUGCAAAGAGCCCAUGGUGUACCCGGGUAUGAUUCACAAAAAGGAGUAGGUGGAUCUGGUUAUGACAUGCAAAGAGGGCCUGUUGGAGCUGCGUAUGAUUCCCAGAGGGGAGCUGGGUACGAGAUGCAGAGAGGAUCUAGUUACGAUGCACAGAAAGGACCUGUUCAUGAAGCUCAAGUAGGGCCCGGAUACGAGGCUCCAAGAGGACCAGAAUAUGAUCAGGGACGGGGCUAUCCGAGGAACAGGAAAUGAUUUCUGAUCAGUGGGUUGAAUUUGUCACACUGCUCGGGGGUUUCUUUGUUGAGAGAUGGCAAAAAGCAUUUCUACUGAUGAACACAAUUUUGUUGAUGAUAUUAAACGGUUUAACUGCAUUCAGAUUACAAGUUGGAGCCUGAAUUUUAUUGAAAAUAACGGUUUCCUCUUCAGUAUGUUACUGAAGCAGUCCA